GCGCUGAGGCCACUUGGCCUAUUUAAUAUCCAAAGAAGCGCGGAUUUUCUCUAGAACGUUCUAGUUUUCUACGGCUAAUGGUUUCAACUGGGGUGUUUACGUGCUUCAAACUCCUAAAUUUGGGUUGUUGUCUCUUAAGUAGUUUCCCAAGGGGCAGUUGUAGAGAAGGCGAAGAAUAAAAAUUGAGGAGUUUUAGGAUGCAAGGAGACGGCCUCAAGAUGUGCCAGAGGAGGAUUAGGAGUGUUAUGUAACAACUUCGGAUUUUCUCAUGAAAACUGAAAAUGGCUUCAAGAGGAACAACAGAGACCACUAAACUAAAACAGAACUUGGAAGAGCAGUUGGAUAGGCUAAUGCAGCAGCUUCAAGAUCUGGAGGAAUGCAGAGAGGAACUAGAUGCAGAUGAGUAUGAAGAAACAAAGAAAGAAACUCUAGAACAGCUGAGUGAGAUCAAUGACUCACUGAAGAAGAUUAUGUCUGGAGAUAUGACUUUGGUGGAUGAGCUCAGUGGCAUGCAACUGGCAAUACAAGCAGCCAUCAGCCAAGCAUUUAAAACUCCAGAAGUAAUUAGAAUGUUUGCAAAGAAACAACCAAGGCAAUUGAGGACAAGGUUGGCAGAGAUGGACAGAGACUUAAUGGUUGGGAAAUUGGGACGAGACCUAUACACGCAACAGAAAGUUGAAAUCCUGACUGCCCUCAGAAAGCUUGGUGAGAAGCUGACACCUGAUGAGGAGACCUUCUUGUCAGCAAAUGCUGGUGCAGCCCUGAGCCAGUUUGAGAAAGUCUCCACUGACCUUGGAUCAGGAGACAAAGUUUUUGCUCUAGCAAGUUUUGAAGUAGAAAAGGCAAAACAAUGAAGAGGUGUGUGAGGCUCGAGUCUCUCCAGUUGUCAGCAGCAUUGGACUUCUGUCGUUGUAAUUGUUUUUUCUAUUUUUAAGAUGUUGCAAAAAAAAAAAGGGGGCAAAACCUAUCAACAAAUCCUAAAUCUCCUGGGUUCUUAAACAGAAGAUAUGAAGUAAAAAACCUUAAAGUGCACUUGGUAACAUUGGUGUCUGUGUACCUCUCAGUAACGUAAGUUCUGAGGCUAAACACUAAGUGGUACUCUAAAAACAAAACCUUGUUAUGACUGUCUUUGAAAAGAAUCGGCUAUUUUCAACUCUUCUGAAUGUGUAUUUCUCUAACUAUUAAAUACGUUUUUUUUGCA